AUGGAAAACCGUAACCGAGCGGAGUAUCAGCUGUCACAACCGGAGGGAUCGCAGCCGAGCAGUCCCAUCACAGGUCGCCGCAAAGGCAUUCUUCGGACGACCUCCUUCACGACACCCCCUCAGAUUACUGUGUCGGAGGCCGUCGAUCUUCCAAUCACCUCCACGACGGCCGUGAGCGCCUUCGCAGGCUACACCUUCCCGCGUGAGCCUGAGGGCGGCGGGCCGUCCCCUGUGACAACGCCUCGGAACUCGACCUCCCCGCAGGCCACGCCAAGGCGCGGUAGUGGCGGGCUCUUACGGUUUGGGGUUGUAUUAUAG